UGCAUCGGCCCACAUUCAAAAACUGCUCUUCCUACCCAUAUCAUACAAAUGUCAGAUCAGAUCUGACGGCUUCAUGACGAAAUGUGUGUGCCUACCACAGAAUUUCCAAAACAUUUUCUUUGACAACACAUUAAAAUAUGCAGAUCUUCGUGAAACCCCUAACUGGCAAUACCAUCAAACUCAUGGUGGAGCCCUCUGCCUCCAUUGCAAAUGUCAAGGCCAAGAUUCAACACAAUGAGGGAAUCCCCCCAAAUAAGCAAAAGUUACUAUUUGCUUCCAAACAGCUGGAAGAUGGCCGUACCCUCUCUUACUACAACAUCCAGAAAGAGUCCACUCUCUUACUGGUCGUGCGUCUGCCUGAUCGUAUAAAGAUCAUCGUGAGGAUGGUCACUGGUAAGACCAUCAACCUCGAAGUUGAGCCCUCUGCCUCCAUUGCGAAUGUCAAAGCGAUGAUUCAAGUCAAGGAGGGUUUUCCCUCAAAUCAGCAGAGGCUGAUGUUUAAAGGCAACGAGCUGGAAGAUCAUCAUUACCUUUCUUCCUUCAACAUCCAGAGAGACUCAACCCUCCAUUUGCAGUUAAAGUUAAAGCAGAUCAUCAUCGUGAAAACAAAUUCUGGCAGAAUGAUCCCCCUGGAGAUUUUUCGCUCUGACUCAGUUAGGAGUGUCAAGACUAAGAUCCAAGACAAGGAGGGAAUUCCCGCACAGAUACAGAGGUUGAUCUUUAAUGGCUGCCAACUAGAAGAUGGUCGUACCCUAGAUGACUACAACAUCAAUGAUGGAUCUAUGCUCUACGUGGUACUUCGCCUCAGCGGAUCUUGAACCCCAUGCGACCAAUGUGAAAAAAAUAUCGGUUCUCAAGCUAUAAUAAUAAUUAAUUUCCAGUAUUAUUUCUGAGAUUAUGUAAAGAAGUUAUUUGUGCAACAAUAUUCCUUUAAAACCAGUUUAAACUCCUAUUACUUCUUUAAUGACCAUUCCAAGGUGCUUAAUCAAAUUUUCUUCAUGUAUGUGCGUAUGCUUUGUACUUUUGUGUCUUGUCAUUUCUUUUGCUUUGUGUCACCCUGUCUGUCAGUUGGUUCCUUGCUACCCUCCUUGUUUAACUGAAGUUUACCUAUAUAUGUGCGAAAUGAAAAGGAAACAGCAUAUUUGUCAGAAACAUGUACUGAUUUCAUUUACUAUGCUCGUAUAUGGCAGAAGAUAAAAUAUUAAAGCGCAUCUCAUAUAUACAUGUGACCUAUUAUUGAAUGAGGGUGUUUAAUUUGUAGAUAUGAUCACAUGAAGUCAUAGAAAAUCUGUUUUCCAGCCUUUUUAGAAAUGCAGAUCGAUAGCAGGGAAUCAUGCAACCUUUGCCCUUUCAUUGACUUUGUGCACCUAUAAAGAUGAAAUUAUGACUUCUAGUGGGAGUAAAGAUUUUCUGAUUUCAAAUUCAUAUUUCUUAGGCUGAUAUAGAUCUUUUAGUUAUCGUGAAAUAUUUUUAUGCCCCCCUUCGAAGAAGAGGGGGUAUAUUGCUUUGCUCAUGUCGGUCGGUCGGUCUGUCGGUCCGUCCACCAGGUGGUUGUCAGACGAUAACUCAAGAACGCUUGGGCCUAGGAUCAUGAAACUUCAUAGGUACAUUGAUCAUGACUCGCAGAUGACCCCUAUUGAUUUUGAGGUCACUAGGUCAAAGGUCAAGGUCACGGUGACCAGAAAUAGUAAAAUGGUUUUUGAAAGAUAAUUCAAGAACGCAUACGCCUAGGAUCAUGAAACUUCAUGGGUAGAUUGACCAUUACUUGCAGAUGACCCCUAUUGAUUUUGAGGUCACUAGGUCAAAGGUCAAGGUCAGGGUGACCCGAAAUAGUAAAAUGGUUUCCGGAUGAUAACUCAAGAACGCAUACACCUAGGAUCAUGAAACUUCAUGGGUAGAUUGAUCAUGACUUGCAGAUGACCCCUAUUGAUUUUGAGGUCACUAGGUCAAAGGUCAAGGUCACGGUGACCCGAAAUAGUAAAAUGGUUUUCGGAUGAUAACUCAAGAAUGCAUACGCCUAGGAUCAUGAAACUUCAUAGGUAGAUUGAUCAUGACUUGCAGAUGACCCCUAUUGAUUUUGAGGUCACAAGGUCAAGGUCAUGGUGACCUCAAAUAGUAAAAUGAUUUUCGGAUGAUAACUCAAGAACGCUUUUUCCUAGGAACAUGAAACUUCAUAGGUACAUUGAUUGUGACCUGCAGAUGACCCCUAUUGAUUAGCAGGUCACUAGGUCAAAGGUCAAGGUCACAGUGACAAAAAUCGUAUUCACACAAUGGCUGCCACUACAACGGACAGCCCAUAUGGGGGGCAUGCAUGAUUUGCAAACAGCCCUUGUUUCUUAAUACUGAUGACAAAUGACACUUUAUUCUCUUUUAUAUGUUUUCCUAUAAUCUUGUUCAACAGAUAUAGGUCCGAUAAAAUCUGGUUAGGUCCUGUAAGUUUGAACAAUUGCAGAAACUCAUGUCCUGUGAGUUGAUCUUGUCUUUCACAUGGGUUUAAAUACGAGUGAAAAUUUUUAUGUUAAAUAUUUCACUCUCAGAUAUUAACAUUAUUUGUGUUAUAAUAUUCAUGCAAUUCAAAUGAUGAACAUUUAUUUGUUUUUAUUUCUUAAAUGUAACACUUUGACAUUUAACCGUUUUCUCAGAUUGUAUAAGCAGUUUUAAAUUUCUGUAAGUUUAAUUCUUAAUAAAUAGUGAUGUUGUUA